AGAUCGAACGAUUUAUCCUUAUAAUAGUUGACCAAACGAAAAUUUUACGAUAUUUCCUUAUUUUGAACGAUGAGUGUUUGAUUUGUGCCGAUUCGCAGCUUCCCUAUGGAGCUACUUACUAGAAAUCAGGAUUUUUAGCAGUAGAUAAUUAAAAAUGAAUUUAUUGUUAAUAAUUUGUUUGUUUUGUGCUAGUAGUUGUGUUGUAGGUACAAAAAAUGUCUCAAAUAACCGCAAACUCAACGAAGACGACUACUAUUUAAACUAUGAUUACGAAAUCGACAACAAUUCCGUUAAUCUUGAACCGAAUCCAAAAUCUUUAGUUCUACCAAAUCACCAAAACCUCCAAUCGAAAUAUACGGUAGAUGUUCUUCCCAACGUCGAACUUCCAGACGAUUCCCUCGCUGAUCCCGACCUAAGAGAUCACGACUUCAUCGACAAUAUAAUGUACGUCUAUUACGGAUCUCAUACUAGAAAUAACGGAACGUACGGACCAGAAAUUAUAAUCAUAGGAUCAGUGUUGAGCUGUGCUGCUCAAUUACUUACUAUUUUCUGCGUUUUGCUCAAGAAGAACCAGCGCGGGGAGAGAAUGAUGACUUAUAUUUUUUUUCAAAUCUUAGGAACGUUCUGCAUAUCAAAUUUGAUAUUUAUGUUGGGAGUUUAUGCUACAAAAAGUGCAACAAAAUGUCUAAUAAUAUCACUAAUUUUGUACUUUUUACAUCUUAUGACUUCUGUUUGGCUGUGUCUCUAUUGUUUUUACAUAUACAAAAGAUUUUCAUCCGGAGGUAUUAUAAAAGAAAGGCAUUUAAAAGUUAAAUAUUUCAAUAUUGCCGCCUACGAUAUCCCUACUUUUUUAACAUUGGCAACGUAUUUUAUCGCGCCUAAUAGCUACGAAUCGAGAAGAUUUUGCUUCAUUUCGGUACAAAAAGGAAUGAUCCUUAACUACAUGUUUCCAGUUUCCUUAUUAAUAUUUCUUACGACGAUACAUUCUUUAAGCGGCAUCAGAAAAAUCAACAUGGAAUUAUGUAAAUUGGAAUUAAACAGUUCCGCUGAAUCUUUAAACGCCCUCAGAAACGAAUUGGAAAUGUUGAAAGAUAGAAAAGACGAUUGCCUGGACGAGGAAAUAAUAAGUUUGAGGGAAUCGAAAUCUUGCUUAAAAUUACUUUGCCUCGUACAAACUGGAUACGAUAUCGUUUGGUUUAUUGUCGUUUUGGCGUUGGAGAACGUCAACGAGAGCAGCGGGAUGGCCAUUAUAUACGCAAUUACGUCCUGUUUAUUGAACUGGUACAUAUUUAUUAAAAGAAAGAGUCUAAUGCCGACUCUUAGUGAUCUUCCUGACGACAUUGAAGAAGUUAUUGUACAAAAAGAUCAAUUACACAUCGUUACAGCUUCGGCGAAUGUAUCUAGAAGAGGUUCUUCGGAUAGUAUUCCUUUACUUAAUUCUGACACUUGUACCGAAAUGCGAGAAUUAAGAUUAGAUCAUAUAAGUACAAUAACUACAUAGAAAUUGAUCAUGUUCCCAUAAAUAUAGUUUUGACAGUAUUUCUACUGAUACUUAUUUAAUACUAUUAAAAAGACAAAAAUUAAUUACCUAGUUUUCUAUAAGUACUUUACGCUGUCAGGAAUGAAAAAAAAAAUUGAAUCAUUACUGUCAACAAGAAUGGAAGAAGACAAUAAGAACCAUAUAAACGGUCAUUUUACACAUUAACUUCCAUUUUUGUCCAUUUUGAAAUUAUUAUAGAUAUUUCAGUAGAUUAUCGAAUAAAUUAAUAUAUAUAUAAAUAUAGUCAUUUCAUCAUAUAUAAUUCAAAAAUAUAUUCGUUAAAAUUAACAAAACAUAUCGUGGGUUUAAUUGGUUGUGUACAUCAAAUUUUAAUAAUCGGUAAUUCCUCAUUUUUCCUAUACCUCUUCAGGUGUUGGAUAAGGGUUUCUGUCCCUCUUGUAGCUAUUUCUUCUUGGUCUCUAGUCUCCUUUACUUUUCACUUUAAUCUAUCUGUCUUUGUUCUUAACAAAUGUCCAUGGCAAUUUAAUAAUUCUUAUUCAAUUAUUUCAGUCCCUCUGUCUUUUCCAUCUUCCUCUAUUCCUCAUAUUUUCCCUUUCAACUUAAUAUCCAUUUCCUUCUUAGUCAAGGUUCCGUUUCCUUUUAAUCUGUCUUAAUUAAUAGCAAUUCAUUAAUCCACUUCAGGUGUUGGAUGAGGGUUUUGGUCCUUCUUCCCUGUCUUUGCUAUCUUCUUCAAUUCCUCUUCUUUUCCUUUUUAAUUUGAUAUCCAUUUGUAUCUUGGUUAAGGUUCCAGUCUCCAUUACUUUUCACUCUAAUCUAUAUGUCUCCAUUGUAUCCAUUUGGUAUUCAUUGGUUCCUAAUUUAUUAAAAUUCCAUUGUAUUCAAUUUUAUCCCACUACUUUUCUAGCUAUUCUUAAGUAUUUCAUUUCUAUUGGAUGUAUUUUUUUCUCAUCUUUCCUUCUAACUAUGCAAUUUUCUGCUGGGUAUAUUUGGGAUUGGUGUUCAUAUCUAUUUCGUGUCCCCUUUAUUAUUUUAAUCAUUGUAUAGUUAAUUUUUGUCAAUAUACUCCCAGGAUUUCUAAAAUCUCGCCCCUGUCAAAAGCUGCAUAAUCAUAAUCAAAUACCCUAACCGAUGAUCAUUAAAAUGUUAGCCCUCAUUGUUUCAUUUAGUUUUUUCACCCCUUUGUUAUUUGCCUCCUACUCCAUUCUUUACUAUUUGUCUCCUAAUCUCCCCUAUUCACUAAUAGACAAUUUAUUUAUUGUCAAAAAAGUACGGAUUUCAAUCUAAUUGAAUAUUUUUAUUCAUACCACUUUAGAUUUGUAACAUUUUUUUGACUAAAUCAUAUUUUAAACACGUCGAAUAUAUAAGUAGUGCCAAAAUAAUAAUCAAAAUAAUGUAAAUAUUAUUCUUUCUCCAACUUGCUAUGUAUAGAUUCGAAUUUUAGUGUGAAAAAAUUUCUGAAAGAAAAUUUAUUCCUUUCAAUUAAGUGAGUAUAUUGCAUAAAUUUAAUAAGAACAGUAAAAAACCGUCUAGUUUAAUCAUAAAAAUUAAAUAAAUUUGUUUUAUUUUUCAAAAAUUGAAAAAUUUUUUGUAGUACAAAGUCAGAGUUAUUAUGAUUUUUCCGAAUAAACACCAGAUUACAAUAAAAUUAAGUUUUCUAUUGGUGCAAAAUGUUAUAAUAAACAAAUGUUAAAAUUAAAUAUUACUUCACCUUCUUAUUCCCAUAACCAAGUUAUUAACACAUAUUUUUAGCAGUAUUUUCCAGCAAAACUCAAAAAGUUUCAUAUAUUAAAUAUUUUUAAAAAAAUUCGAUUUUUUUAAGUCUCUAAUCGUGUCUUUUUCAACGCCACAUCAAUAAUUAGUAGAUAUUUUGUCAUAUUGUUAUGAAGCUAGAUAGGUUAUCUGAUUCUACCUCUUGUCCUUUGCCUAUAUGAUUACGCAGUUAUCCAAUAUUAAAAUUAUCUUCUUUUUCACUAUUAAAUAUAAAUAAUAAAGAAAACUAUUCUUCUUUCACUUGUCCCUUCCUAUAUAAUUACAAAAACUUUGUUUCAUUCCGAAUUAGUUAGGGACCAAUCGCAUACGCACUUUAAAAAUUGUCGUUUGUGAUUUUGAAAGUACGCGAACGACAAUAUUCAAAGUGCGCAUACGAUUGGUUCCUGAAUGGUUAGAAAUUUGACACACGAACAAAGCUAAAGUACUCUAGAAUGUGGUUGAUCUAUGUUUGAUAAAUCGAUAGUAGAGGAAACGUAAAGUCUUACUUACUUACUAAGUGGAAAGUUUAAGAACCUUGUUAAAACUUGUGUGAUAAAGUGAAAAUAAUAAUUUUGCUGUGUACUAUAAAAAAUCCUUACAAAUAUAAACUAAUAAAUAUAUAAAAAUGUGAUUUUUGAAUCAUUUCUGUUUGUACAUGAACUGGAGGCGUCAAACAUUUGUGAUUUUUACAUUUAAGCGUAUAUAUAUUUUUGUGAACGUACUAUACUUUUUCCAAGUAAAAGUAAACACGAAUUCUAAAUAAAUAAAUAAGGUUUUAUUGAAUUUUUAAAUUAUACUAACCAUGUCUUCGAUAAAAGCAAGAAAAUUUAUUUAAAAAUAAAAAGGAUUUAUAUUGAACUGAUCAAAAUAUACAGUAGUUGAAAUUUUGAUCGCUAAUUUUAAAUCUCUAAUCAUAAAUUAUAAAUGAAAUGAGUAAUAAGAGAGGAUGAAGAAAGAGAUGAAAUUAAAAGGGAAUUGUGUGAGUACAAAAGAAUAAUUGAGGAUAUUCAAUUGUAUGUAAAUGGAAACUGAACCUAUAUUAAAUCAACUGCAGGACUAGUUGGUGAGAAAUUAAUUGUUCUAAAAGAAAUUAUUGAUAAGAGCUAAAAGCUAUCAACAUUUUUAUUACUUCCACUCUUAUUUGGAUAAUAAUAGGUUUAGAUAGUUUCGUUGUAUUUUUUUAUGAAUUUGUACUGCGAAUAGAUAUUUUAAUAUCAAGUUCAGUGAAACUAUUUUUAAAAAAAUUUCUUGCAAACGAUUGUUCUCAUUCUAUUGACAUCGGCCUAUAACAGUAUUAAUGUAGGUUGUAAGUAUUUAUUCCGAAGCACAAAAUGAUCGUACUUAGGAGAAGUUGUAGGAAUAUGUUGAUUCCAGUAUUUGUCUGGUAUUUGAAUAUAAUAAAUAAAUGUUGAGCUCUUGAAAA